GAAUUGGGAGUGGGGGGGGAGGAGGAGGCGUCCUCUGCAGCCAAAGCACCUCCUCUCUGAAGCCCCUUUUCCUGCCUGGCUUUUCCACUAGGGAGGGUCAUUUCCAAAUGCUGCAUCUGCAAUCCGGACUUGGUUGCAAAAAGACCCAUGAGAACAGCCUAUGCCCUGAGAAAUAGACCAAAAAAGGCUGAGGCUUCCUUGGUGCCCAGAUCAAAUAUGGCUGCCCUUGAAGUUGGAAGAGACCACAAUUCUAUCAAGAAUUGGAGCAGUGGGAGAUUCUGGGAAAGAGCCAUGCAGGAGAUCCUGGGCGAGGAGAAUGCCCUCAGCUCAGACAUACAGUGCCAGCAUUUCAGGCGAUUCCGCUACCAGGAGGCCGAGGGACCCCGUGAGGUUUGCAGCCGACUCCACCGCCUUUGCCGUCAGUGGCUGAAGCCAGAGCAACACACCAAGGCUCAGAUCCUGGACCUGGUGAUCCUGGAGCAGUUCCUGGCUGUCCUCCCCCCAGAGAUGGGGAACUGGGUCAGGGAAUGUGGAGCGGAGAGCAGUUCCCAGGCAGUGGCCCUGGCCGAAGGUUUCCUCCUGAGUCAGGCAGAGGAGAAGAAGCAGGAAGAGCAGCAGUUUCAGGUAAAGGAUCCAGCGACAGAAAUGAGGACUGAUUUCCCUAAAGCAGAGAGGGCUCCGUCCGUCAAAGGUCAGAGGUCACCGGGUGACAGAAUGAAGCCACACAUACCUGCUCAGACAUCUCUUCCUUGCGGUGUUGAAGAAGGAGCAGCUGUGAAACCAGAUCAGGGUCCGGUAUCCUUUGAGGAUGUGGCUGUGUGGUUCACAGAAGAGGAGUGGGAUCUGCUGGAUCCUGACCAGAGAGCUCUGCAUAACCAAGUCAUGGAGGAGAGCCUUUGGAUUCUGUCCUCUCUCGAAGGUGACGAAUGGGAAACCCAGAAUAAGGGAGAUCUACUUGGGAAAGAGACAUCGGAAAGGGAGGGACAUGAAGGGAAGAGGAGAAAUAAAUCGUCCGCUUCUCGGGGAUGUGACUACCGUGAAAUUGCAGCCCGAGAAGAAACGGAUGAGAGAAAGGAAACAGGGAUACCCCGUGUGAACAGGGGGAGUCGCAGUUCUAAAAGGGGACGUAAACCCAGCGUCAAAACCCACCCAAGGGAGAAUUCUUACGAGCACUCGGAGUGCAGAACAAGCAUCAUUCGUGUCGCUUCCCUUCAAGGAAUUCACAGCACGGAGAAACCCUAUAUUUGCGCCGAGUGUGGGAAAAGCUUCCCUUACACUUCUGGCCUUAUUUCUCACCGAAGGAUUCACACAGGGGAGAAGCCAUACCGGUGCUUGGAAUGCGGAAAGACCUUCAGCCAGAAGAAACACCUCAGCAACCACCGGGCGAUUCACGCGGAGGAAAAACCGUACCGGUGCCUGGAGUGCGGGCGGAGCUUCAACUGCCGCUAUAAUCUGAUUCGGCACCAGAGGAUCCACACCGGGGAGAAACCGUAUCAAUGCCCGGAUUGUGGGAGGGGCUUCCGGCACAGUUCCACCCUCUCUUCCCACCAGAGACUUCACACCGGGGAGAAACCGUAUCCAUGCCCCGAGUGCGGGAAGCGCUUCAGGGAUCGGUCUCACCUCUAUUCCCACCAGAAAGUUCACACGGGAGAGAAACCGUACACCUGUCUGGAAUGCGGGAAGCGCUUCUACCAGAAGAAGCACCUCCAUAAGCAUCAGGUAAUUCACACGGAGGUGAAGCCGCACAGGUGCGUGGAGUGCGGAAAGGGCUUCCGCUGCCGUUUCAAGCUAACCCGCCACCAAAGGACCCACACGGAGGAGAAGCAGUAUCGGUGCUUGGAGUGCGGAAAGAGCUUCAAAUGCAGCGCCGCCCUUUGUUCCCACGAAAGGAUCCACACGGGAGAGAAGCCGUUUCAGUGCCCCGAGUGCGGGAAGGCCUUCAGAGCGAAGUCUCACCUGUAUUCCCACAAAAGGAUUCACACGGGGGAGAAACCCUACCCGUGUCUGGAAUGCGGGAAGGCCUUCCGGCGGCAGGAACACCUCGCCAACCACCAAGCGUUGGUUCACACGGCGAAUAAGCCCUAUAAAUGCCUGGAGUGCGGAAAGAGCUUCAGCCAGGCUAUUUACCUCACGUACCAUCAGAGCAUUCACACGGGGGAUAAAUCGUAUCCCUGCUUGGAGUGCGGGAAGAGCUUCUACAGCCAGAAAAGCCUCAGUUCUCAUCAAAGAGCUCACAAAAGGGACUGCAAGAAGAUCAAACCUCUCCAUUCUGAAGGAAAUCAGCCCUGAGUGCUCACUGGAAGGACAGAUCCUGAAGCUGAGGCUCCAAUACUUUGGCCACCUCAUGAGAAGAGAAGACUCCCUGGAGAAGACACUGAUGCUGGGAAAGAUGGAGGGCACAAGAAGAAGGGGAUGACAGAGGGCAAGAUGGUUGGACAGUGUUCUCGAAGCUACCAGCAUGAGUUUGAUCAAACUGCGGGAGGCAGUGGAAGACAGGAGUGCCUGGCGUGCUCUGGUCCAGGGGGCCACGAAGAGUCGGACACGACUAAACGACAACAAAUAAAAAAGGGGUGGGGAGUGGGGGAGAGAAUUUGAGUAGAAACACAAACUUCCGUUGUCGUAAAGUGGGGAGCAGUAUUUAUUAUUGAUGUAUUUUUUAAAAGGUUCAGUGGUAAUGCACACAGGGGAGAAGCUGUGCUUCCGGAAAGGAACAAAUUCUCGUGAAAGUGAAUUCUUUAACUUGCCCUAAAUAAAGCAAGAGGGCAGGGAACGAACAGAAUGCUAGAGGGUCAAGAUCCCAUUUGCGAAUAUUUAUUUCCAAUUUAUCGGUGGAAGAGGUGAAGGCAUUUUUUAGUUUCUGAAACUUGUAAGCCCUGCAAAGAGAAAUUGGCAGCAUCUUCUAUGUGAUAAAGAGCAAAAAUAUGCAUGUAAAAUAAAACAGUGUCUUCA